UGAACUGUGAACUGAAGGCGUCUUGGUCACUCUGCUCCUUGUCUCUGUCCCUCGUUACAAUGAUUGUUUGAUUGAAUAACUGUUGCAUGUCUCUGUCUCCCUAAUGAGUAUGAUUUAAUAAUUGUUUGAAUCUACGAGGCUCUAUGAACUGAAGUCACUGAAGUCUGAUAUACUGAUAAUCUGAUAUAGUGAUACUGAACUGUGAAGUGUGAAGGUUGUGAAGCUCUGUGAAGUGUGAACUGAACUGUGAACUUUGUUUAAUAAUUGUUGUUUACUGAACUGAUCUUUCUUUUACUGAACUGAAUUUUGUUGUUUGUUGAAUAAUUGUGAAUAAUUUUGAAUAAUUUUGGAUGUUGUUUGUUGUGAACUUGAGAUUAUUGGGUUGGAGUGGGUUGUGAUAUUGUAGAUUGUAAUUGGAAAAAACCAUUUUUGGAUUUCUGUGGAGUACUUGGAUUAUUGAAUUUGAAUGUCUCUGUCUCUCUGAAGUCUGAAUGAGUGAUUUGUGAUUUUGAAUGUCUCUGAUUACUUGAUUACUUGAUUAGUGAUUUGUGUUUUGAAUCUGAAAUUUGUGAUAACUCAUAACUGAUAAAUAAUUUGUUCUGCUGUUGUUGCCGAUUUUAAAUUUAUGUUAGUUCUUGGUAAACUCAUAAGUCAUAACAUUGAACCGUGAUGUUUUCCCUCAAAUUAAUUUUGGUUGCUGUGAGGUAAUUGAUGUUUAGGGUACAAAGUGGAAACCUGCGACCUCCAAAGUGGAAACCUGUUUUUAAUUGGAUUUGUUUGUUGAUUUUUGGUUCUGUUAUGUUAUGCUUUUCAUUUGGUAAUGGUGUUUAUGAUUGGAUUUAUCUGCAGCAAGUUAUGGAGGAUUUUGAUGAUUGAUGACAAACUUGGAUCAUUUUGAUGUUGUCAUGUUAUGUUUGAUUGGUUGUUUUGUUUUUUGACUUUUGAAUUUGUAUUUGAAUGAGAUUAUAACAUUCGGGUUUAUGUAGUACUUUUAAUUUGAAUGAUAUUUUAAAGUUUACAUUAGACUAUAAUUAUAUUUUAAUGUGUUUAUUUAUUAUUUUAUUAUAAAAUGGUUUUUUCGGUUCAAUCACGGUCGAACCGGUUGAACCUAUGAACCAGUGAACUAGUAGCUAAAGCGGUUGAUAACCGGUUCGGUUCUCAGAACCUUGAUAAGCUCAUUCACAACCAACCAACCCAGCAAAAUUCAAAAUCACCCAACCAAGCCCUAGGUUCUCCCUGCAACGGUUCUGCCGUAGUGCCGCCGCCGUCCAUGCUGUCAGCACAUCCGCGUCCUCUCUUGUAGCCCAGGCCCUCUCUUGUAGCUCGGCGUCCUCCUUCCCGCUGUCCCCGUCCUCCCUGGCUUCUCUGUUCGAGGCUUGGAGCAGCUCGCCGUCGUUUCACCGGUCGCCGUCCGUGUCUCCGUCGAAGCACGCAAUACGCAUCUAUGCAAUAGAAGCAUUAACAAGGUGGUUUUGUUUGUUUGUCAAUGCGUCUUGCAAUUGCACCUCAAGUCCAAGGUUUCUUAUUCUUAAGACCUUAUUCACUCACCAUUCAGCAGUCCCCUUCCCCUCCUCCUUCCAUCUCACAAGUCUACGACGACCUUCUCCUCAUUUGCUUCCGCUUACAACAAACUAAAACUAAUCCCCAUCACCAUCAUGACUACCAUGUGUUCGACAAUAUUCCCAACCACGGCGACAGGGAAAUGGCCAAAGUUGUUCAUGCACACGCCAUCAAACACGACAUUUCCUCUGAUGGCUUCCUCGCAAGUGCCACCAUCGAUCUCUACGCCGCUGCCGGCAAUGUCUCUUUCGCUCAGAGGCUCUUCCACCAGCUCCAUCCCCGUCAAAGACAUUUAUCCGCUUAUAAUUCUAUCAUUUCCAUGUACUCAAGGCAGGGGUUAUUCCAAAAUGCACUCCGUUGUUUCAUUUCUAUGAUGCGUUUUGGCCAGUUGCCUGACCAAUUCACGCUCGCUAUAGCUCUCUCUGUUUGUUCAAAGCUCAGGAAUGUUGAAUUCGGCACGCUGCUUCACUCCUGCGUGAUCAAGGUAGGUUUUGAAUCCAAUCCGUUCUGCCAAGGUGCUCUUAUCGAUCUCUAUACCAAAUGCGGCUUUCUCCGCCAUGCUAGCGCCAUAUUUGAUGCCGCAGUCCACUUGGACACUGUUUCUUGGACGGCUUUGAUUUCUGGUUAUGUUCGAGCCGGGCUGCCGCAGGACGCCCUCCAGGUGUUUGACAAAAUGCAGAUAGCUGGUUGCUCUCCUGACCAGGUGGUUUUUGUGACUGUUCUCAAUGCUCUUGUGAAUUUGGGUAAGCUGGAUGAUGCCUGUAAAUUGUUCCGAGACAUGCACACUAGCAAUGUUGUGGCAUGGAAUGCGAUGAUCUCUGGUCAUGCUAAGAGGGGCCAUCAUAAGGAGGCCAUUGAGUUCUUUCUCGAAAUGAGGAAGUGUGGUAUAAAGUCCUCAAGGUCCACGCUGGCAAGUGUUCUUAGUGCAAUUGCCAGCUUAGCUGCGUUGGAUUAUGGGUUACUAGUCCAUGGAGAGGCUAUCAAACAAGGUUUGGGUUCUAGCAUAUAUGUGGGAAGUUCUUUGAUCAGUAUGUAUGGGAAGUGCGAAAUGUUAGAUGCUGCAAAGCAAGUAUUUGAUGUCAUGUCUGAGAAAAAUAUGGUCACUUGGAAUGCCAUGCUGGGAGUUUAUGCACAGAAUGGUUAUUUCAAUCAUGUAGUGGAGCUAUUCCUUAAUAUGACACGACGUACCAUUGAACCGGACGAAUUUACCUUCACUAGCAUUUUGAGUUCAUGUGCUUGUUUUGAAAGCUUAGAAAUUGGUAGUCAGGUGCAUUCAGUUGUUAUCAAGAGAAGUUUUGCAAACAAUUUAUUUGUGAACAAUGCAUUGGUAGAUAUGUAUGCCAAGGCUGGGGAUUUGAAGGAAGCUAGGAAACAAUUUGAGCGCAUGAAAACCCGAGAUAACAUUUCUUGGAAUGCCAUUAUUGUUGGAUACGUGCAGGAAGAAGAGGAAACUGAUGCUUUCAAAAUGUUCAACAGAAUGAGGUUACAUGGCAUAGUACCUGAUGAAGUAGCUUUUGCAAGCAUACUUAGCGCUUGUGGAAAUGUUAAGCUAUUAGAAGCAGGAUUGCAGUUCCAUUGCCUGGCAGUUAAGUUGGGAUUAGAAACAAACCUUUUUGUUGGAAGUUCUCUUAUUGACAUGUAUUCUAAAUGCUGCUCCAUUGAAGAUGCACGAAAAAUCUAUUCUAGAAUGCCUGAAUGGAGUGUGGUAUCCAUGAAUGCUCUGAUUUCAGGAUAUGCUCUGAAAAAUAUAAAAGAAGCUAUUAAUCUUUUUAGUGAGAUGCUGGCAUUGGGGCUCAAGCCAUCUGAAAUUACAUUUGCAAGCCUGAUAGAUGCUUGUAAGGGUUCUCAGCUAAAUCUUGGGUUGCAGAUCCACUGUGCUAUAGUUAAGAGGGGUCUUUUAUGUGGUAGUGAGUUCUUAGGUACCUCUUUGUUGGGCAUGUAUAUGGACUCACAAAGGAUUGCAGAUGCCAACUUACUUUUCUCAGAGUUUUCUAACCUUAAAAGCAUUGUUAUGUGGACUGCUUUAAUUUCUGGUUAUACUCAAAAUGAUUGCUGUUACGAGGCCAUAAAUUCAUACCGAGAAAUUCGGGACAACAGUAUCUUCCCUGACCAAGCAACAUUUGUUUCAGUUCUUCGAGCUUGUGCUCUCUUAUCGGCAUUGCAAGAUGGGAAAGAGAUACAUUCUCUAAUAUUCCAUACUGGUUUUGACUUGGAUGAGUUAACCAGCAGUGCACUCAUAGACAUGUAUGCUAAAUGUGGGGAUGUAAAAAGUGCUGUGCAAGUUUUUGAAGAAAUGGGUACUAAAAAGGAUGUGAUUUCUUGGAACUCAAUGAUAGUUGGAUUUGCAAAAAAUGGUCAUGCAGAAAGCGCUCUAAAGGUCUUCAAUGAGAUGGCUCACGCAUGUGUUACACCAGAUGAUGUCACAUUCCUCGGAGUGCUCACUGCUUGCAGCCAUGCAGGGUGGGUUUUCGAGGGCCGUCAAAUUUUUGAUCUCAUGGUGAACUGUUAUGGCAUUAAACCCAGGGCUGAUCACUAUGCUUGCAUUGUGGAUCUUCUUGGUCGUUGGGGUAAUCUCAAAGAAGCUGAAGAGUUCAUCGACAAACUAAAUGUUGAACCAAAUGCUAUGAUUUGGGCCAAUUUAUUGGGAGCUUGCCGAAUUCAUGGCGAUGACAUAAGGGGAGCGCGAGCAGCUAAGAACCUUAUUAAGUUAGAACCUGACAAUUCUUCCCCAUAUGUAUUGCUUUCUAAUAUGUAUGCUGCAUCAGGACAUUGGAAUGAAGCUAGAUCUUUGAGGAGAACUAUGAUACAAAAAGAAAUCCAAAAGAUGCCUGGGUGUAGCUGGAUUGUUGUAGGACAAAAGACAAACUCAUUUGUUGCAGAGCACCGCCCGUGAAGUAAAGCGCUUAGAUUCAAUUAGUAGAUCCCCUGUUUAUGCACAAUUUGGAGAAGUACUUAAUGGCCUAUCAACAAUUUGUGCUUACAAAGCUUAUGACUGCAUGGCUGAUAUCAAUGGAAAGUCGAUGGACAACAACAUACGAUUCACUCUGGUGAACAUGAGUGGAAAUCGAUGGCUUGCAAUUCGAUUAGAAAUGCUGGGAGGUCUCAUGAUAUGGUUUACUGCAGCCUUUUGCGGUAAUGCAGAAUGGGAGGGCCGAGAACCAGCAGGAAUUUGCAUCCACCAUGGGUUUAGUACUUAGUUAUGCUUUGAACAUUACCAGUUUGCUUACUGGUGUGCUCAGGCUUGCUAGUUUGGCUGAGAAUAGUCUAAAUGCUGUUGAGCGUGUUGCCACUUAUAUAGAUUUGCCUUCAGAGGCACCAUCCAUCAUUGAGGAUAGUCGCCCCCCUCCAGGCUGGCCCUCAUCUGGGUCAAUCAGAUUUGAGGAUGUUGUACUUCGAUACAGGCCUGAACUUCCUCCUGUCCUUCAUGGCUUGAAUUUCACAAUUUUUCCAAGCGAUAAGGUUGGCAUUGUAGGAAGGACAGGAGCUGGAAAAUCUAGCAUGCUUAAUGCUUUAUUUUGAAUUGUGGAAUUGGAAAGAGGAAGAAUAUUAAUUGAUGAUUGUGAUAUUGCAAUGUUUGGGCUGUCUGAUUUGUGUAAAGUUCUUGGCAUUAUACCACAGUCCCCUGUUUUGUUUUCAGGAAUUGUAAGGUUUAAUCUUGACCCUUUUAAUGAACACAAUGAUGCUGACCUCUGGGAGGUUCUGGAGAGGGCACAUUUGAAGGAUGUGAUACGGAGGAAUUCUUUGGGGCUGGAUGCUGAGGUCUCUGAGGCAGGCGAGAACUUCAGCGUUGGGCAGAGGCAACUCUUGAGUCUCUCUCGGGCAUUAUUGCGUAGAUCAAAGAUAUUAGUACUUGACGAAGUCACUGCAGCAGUAGAUGUUAGAACAGAUGCCCUCAUACAGAAAACAAUUUGAGAGGAAUUUAAAUCGUGCACCAUGAUCAUCAUUGCUCAUCGUCUUAACACCAUCAUAGACUGUGAUCGGAUUCUUUUGCUUGAUGGUGGUAAGGUUCUUGAGUAUGAUACCCCUGAAGAACUGCUAUCAAAUGAAGGCAGUUCGUUCUCUAAGAUGGUGCAAAGUACAGGAGCCGCAAAUGCCCAAUAUCUACGCAGCUUAGCAUUCGGGAGUAAGUCAGAUAGGGAAGAGAGUAAGCAUAAUGAUGGCCAGAAAAAACGGCUUGCUUCUUCUCGCUGGGCUGCUGCAGCUCAAUUUGCCCUUGCCGUCAGUCUCACCUCAUCACAGAAUGACCUGAAAAGAUUGGAAGUGGAAGAAGAGAAUAGCAUACUCAAGAAAACAAGGGAUGCUGUGAUAACUUUGCAGGGGGUUUUGGAAAGGAAGCUUGAUAGAGAAAUCGAGGAAUCUUUAGACCGAUACCAAAUAUCCUCAGACAGUUGGUGGUCAUCACUCUACAAGAUGAUUGAAGGUCUUGCAAUGAUGAGCAGACUGGCCAGGAGCAGGCUUCAUCAAUCAGACUUUGAUUUUGAUGAUAGAUCAAUUAACUUUGAUCAAGUUGAUAUGUUGCCAAAGCUGCACUGUUAUAUAUUACCUCUGCUUCAAAAUAAUUGUUCAUUUGGACAAACAAUUAUUGUGAAUUGCAGGGAAUAUAACAUGUGCCACAGUCCCACCAACUGACUCACAUACCCAAGGUUGUGCUAACUCUAUUUUUGGCAAUGUAGCUCCAUCACUCAGCCAUGAGACAUGAGUUCGAAAAUGCAAAGUUUCAUUUUGAUCUUAAUCCAGCAAUUAACCCAAUUUCCCUUAUCAUUUGUAAUGUAAUUUUUAUUGCCCAAAAUAUAUUAUGGAAAAAAAAUAUCUUUUAGGUCUUGAA